UAUUUUUCAUCUCAUUACCUCUUCUCUUCCAGCUGUACCCCCAUCCGUCUUCCAUACCUCCCGUCCACUCUCAUUCCGCUAUUUAUCUCACCCAUUCCCUUCAUAUAUUCAUGUCAGACGCAUAUCAAAAGCUAGAAAAAAUUGGCGAAGGCACCUACGGUGUUGUAUACAGAGCAACUGAGAAGGCGACAGGACGGUUAGUUGCCAUGAAAAAAAUUCGCCUCGAAAAUGAGGAUGAAGGUGUACCCAGUACUGCCAUUAGGGAGAUAUCGCUGCUGAAGGAACUAAGGCACGAGCAUGUCGUUCAAUUGCUGGAUAUCAUUCACGAUGAAAACCGGCUUUAUCUGGUAUUCGAGUUCGUGGAUCUCGAUCUCAAGAAGUACAUGGAUACCUUGCCAAUGACAAGCAUCUCCGGACUCCCUCUUGAUCAAGUCAAGGAGUAUCUGCACCAGUUGAUCAGGGGCGUUGAAUACUGUCACGCCAGACGCAUCCUCCACCGCGACCUCAAACCUCAAAAUCUCUUGAUUGACGAGACGAGGAACCUCAAAUUAGCAGAUUUUGGUCUUGCGCGCGCAUUCGGAAUACCUCUGAGACCCUAUACGCAUGAGGUCGUAACGCUUUGGUAUAGGGCUCCUGAGAUUCUGAUGGGUUGUCGGCACUAUUCAACAGCAGUGGAUAUUUGGAGUAUUGGCUGCAUCUUUGCAGAAAUGGUAUUAAAAAAGCCGCUCUUUCCAGGCGACUCUGAAAUUGAUGAAUUGUUUAGGAUAUUUCGACUUCGAGGAACACCCACCGAGGAUAUGUGGCCAGGGAUCACUUCGUUAAAAGACUGGAAACCAACAUUCCCGCAGUGGCACAGACAAGCGUUAGAAAAGUCCUUACCAACACUAUGCCCCGAGGGAGUGGACCUGCUGGACCAGAUGAUCGAGUACGAUCCUGCAAGGAGAAUUUCCGCCAAACGAGCUCUGAUGCAUCCCUACUUUGACACCAUCAGGCACAAUCGUCAGAAUGGGGUUGGGGCUGCACGAAUGAAUAUCCGAACGUAGUAUGCCUUCAUAAAUGGAUCCAGGCACCGCGCUUUCAGAGACGAAUAAAUACACGUACAAAUAGAUUUCGCGUACGUGUCAUGACGUGUAUAAAAGACCAC